UGUGCUUUCAAUGUUGUCUGCAUCUUCCUUUUCUUCCUAGCCAUCAUCAUUUGCACAAGGAACUUUGCUUCUGCUCUUGGUUUGCUGAGAUGGAUAUAUGAUUCAAAUUUGUGGCAUGACAGUGCAGUUAACUGUUGCUAUCAACUAAGUGUUACAUAAGACACAAGUCAAUUCGAUAUCUGACAAACACUCUUGAUUGGUUUGUACCUCGGUUGUGUCGGCUAGCCAGAGGUGUUCUGAGAAUCAGUUGGCACUGAUUGAAGAAGGUGACAUGAACAUCGUCAUGCAAAACUUGGUGGAAAGACUAAGAUCCCUUGUGGGUUUGAACGGAUGGGAUUACUGUAUCUACUGGAAAUUGAGUGAAGACGAAAGGUUUCUCGAGUGGUUGGGUUGCUGUUGUGGUGGCACCGAAAGCAACAAAAAUGCUGGUGAAGAACAUCUUUUCCCUGUGUCUUCUGUGGUUUCAUGCAGGGAUACCACUUAUCCACACCCCAGAACAAAGCCCUGUGAUCUUCUUUCCCAACUUUCCACUUCCAUACCCAUAGAUAAUUCUGGGAUUUAUACACAGACCCUAUUAACAAACCAACCCAGUUGGGUGAACUAUUCCAAUAGCUUGGAUUCAAGCAUUUUGGAUGAAACAAUGGGGACCCAGGUUUUGAUUUCAGCGCCAGGUGGACUAAUUGAGCUGUUUGUAACCAAACAAGUGGCCGAAGAUCAUCAAGUAAUAGAUUUUGUCAAAAGCCAGUGCAUUGAAGCUGUGAACCACUCAAUGAGCUUCAACAUUGACGUGAAUUCAAUGAGCAACAUGCAACAAAACCCACUUUUAGGCGAUGAAAACGAAGGGAACAACAGCAGGAACACUCAUUUCCACCCUUCGGAUGUCAUGACCAUGGACCACCGCAUCGGCCUGUGCAGUUCUCCACUGAACUUCAUGCAGCAGUUCAACUACAAUCAGCUGAACAGAAUGAAGAGCGAUGCCUUUUCUGAAGAAUACCAAGGUUCCUUCUUUCAUGACAAGCAAACAAACCCUGAAGACGAGCAUGACAACACGUAUCAGAAAAGCCUCAUGACGACAGAUUCACAGUACAUGGAGUCUCUGGAAGCAAAAGAGAAGCAAGAGGAGGACAAGGAGUUGCUGAAACAUGUUGUUGCUCGAUCGGAUUCAAUGUCAGAUUGCAGUGAGCAGAACGAAGAAGAGGAAGAUGGAAAGUAUAGGAGGAGGAAUGGGAAAGGGAAUCAGUCCAAGAACCUGAUGGCCGAGAGGAAGAGAAGGAAGAAGCUGAAUGACAGGUUAUACAAGCUUCGUUCUUUGGUUCCACGGAUCUCAAAGUUGGACAGGGCCUCAAUCCUUGGAGAUGCUAUUGAAUACGUAAAGGAUUUGCAGAAGCAAGUGAAGGAGCUGCAAGACGAGCUUGAGGAGAAUGCAGACACCGAAAGCAACUGCAUCAAUGGAAAUAAUGACAACAAUAAUAAUCAAUAUGUGGGUGUAGGUGAACUAUGUCCAAACUCUGAACCUGCUAAGGGCCAAUCUGGGUUGCAUGUGGGUACCUCAGCGAAUGGCUAUGUAUACAAACAAAAGGAGGAUGCAGCAUUGAUUGAGAAGCAAACCCAGCAAAUGGAGCCGCAGGUGGAAGUGGCUCUGAUAGAUGGGAAUGAGUAUUUUGUGAAGGUAUUCUGUGAACACAGGCCUGGUGGGUUUGUGAAAUUGAUGGAGUCGUUGAACACUAUUGGCAUGGACGUGGUGCAUGCCACGGUAACCAGCCACAAGGGUCUGGUGUCAAAUGUUUUUGAAGUCGAGAAAAAAGACAAUGAAACUGUCGAAGCCGAAGAUGUAAGAGAGUCGCUGCUGGAGCUGACGCGGAACCGUUACAGAGGAUGGAGUCAUGAGGUGACACCUACGUCGGAGAAUGCUGUCGGAAGGGAUCAACACCAGAUACCAUCCUUUUCCCACCAUUUUCAUACUUAGCUUCUUUAUAUUAAGUCUUUUUCUCAUAAACUUUCUUAUUCAAAUUUUUAAUAACCUUUCAUCAAUUGUACUGAUGCAAACUUGUAUAAAC